ACGGAAACGGAAGGGACCAUUUGCCGAGCUUAAAAGGCCUAACCACGAUUACGGCUGCAAUCUCAGAACCCCUCUUUCCGCUCUCUCGACACCGUGCCGGAAUCUGACGUCCACAGCGCCGUACGCUCCGCGACGCUACCACUACGGCCAGCCUCCUCCCCAUUCCCCCCAUUCUAACAACGGAUAUCAUCUCAAUUUGCUGAAUUAGCGAUUUGUUCUUGUGAAAAGCCGCGAAGGGAGAAUUCUGUGGAAUUUUUUCUUCUCGAACUCUGUGGGAUUAGUUUCGGCUGUGGUGGAUAUCGGAAUGUCGGUUUUGGCUCCACAGAUGUCUGCGCUCAAGAGCUAUGGCGUCUGCUUAAGGAAUGCUGCCGAUGGCGACAAGAGGUGGAGUACAAAUUGGAGAUCACCACAAGCAACCAUAAUACCUAAUAUUCAUCUUCCAAUGCGUAGUUUUGAAGUUAAGAACAGGACAUCUGUAGAGAACAUAAAAUCUUUGAGAUUGAUUACUGCCAUCAAAACCCCAUAUCUGCCAGAUGGUAGAUUUGACCUUGAAGCAUAUGAUGCUUUGGUGAACAUGCAGAUAGAAAAUGGGGCAGAAGGUGUAAUCGUCGGUGGCACAACUGGUGAAGGUCAAUUAAUGAGCUGGGAUGAGCAUAUAAUGCUUAUUGGUCACACGGUUAAUUGUUUUGGUGGAUCGAUCAAAGUUAUUGGAAAUACUGGAAGUAACUCAACAAGGGAAGCAGUCCAUGCCACUGAACAAGGUUUUGCAGUUGGAAUGCAUGCUGCUCUUCAUAUCAAUCCUUACUAUGGCAAAACCUCCUUAGAAGGUUUGGUUUCUCACUUUGAAAGUGUACUCCCCAUGGGCCCCACUAUUGUAUAUAAUGUGCCCUCACGAACUGGCCAAGAUAUUCCACCGCGUGUGAUUCACACUCUGGCACAGUCCUACAAUUUGGCAGGCAUAAAGGAAUGUGUUGGAAAUGACCGGGUAGAACAGUAUACAGAAAAUGGAAUUGUGGUGUGGAGUGGGAACGAUGAUCAGUGUCAUGAUUCCAGAUGGAGCCAUGGUGCCACUGGAGUGAUAUCAGUCACCAGCAAUUUGGUUCCUGGCUUAAUGCGAGAACUCAUAUAUGGAGGAAAGAACCCUUCCCUGAAUGCAAAGCUCAUGCCUUUGAUUGAGUGGCUGUUCCUCGAGCCUAAUCCUAUUGGCUUAAACACAGCUCUUGCUCAGCUUGGGGUUGUGAGGCCAGUUUUCCGCCUACCUUAUGUACCACUUCCUUUGUCGAAGAGGGUAGAAUUUGUGAAUUUAGUGAAAGAAAUUGGACGGGAGAAUUUUAUAGGUACAGAAGAUGUCCAGGUUAUUGAUGAUGAGGACUUUAUUUUGGUGGGUCGGUAUUAGCUCUAAGGUAGGUUUGCUUUUGUUCAGGGAUGGGCUUGGUCCUUUUUUGACAGUAAGUAAUACUAAGAAUUCAUGUAGCCGACGUCAGUGGGAUUAGGCAUUGGGAUGAUGAUGGUGAUGGUGAGGCAAUGUUUCUUGACUUCCUGAAUAAUUGUUGGACAAUAUGCUGGAAACUGCAGGUUUUAUUUUAUGGUUUUUGGUUGCGAAUGAAAAGAGUAAAGGUUUUUUUUUUGGAUGCUUGAACGCGAGAAACGGUGUUCCACUUAUCUAUCCAAGCUGCCAGGCACUUCUAAGUCAACUUACUCAUUUUUCUUCUCCGUCCUCUCUGUAUAUGUUAUGUGUAGUAUACAAGCAUGUAUCUUUUCAAUUUGCUACUAUGUGCAUGUUGGAAUGAACUCAUAUGUAUUUCAGUCUACUUUUGAGUGUUUUAGAUUCAGUAA